UCCAAGCAAAAUCUCUCUCUCACACACACACACUCACACACACACUAAAACAAAGAAAAAUUUAGAGCAAAUUCAUCAGGAGCUAAUACAGCUUGCAAACUCAGUUUGAUACUAUUAGCAACCAUGACUGUUGAGGUUGUUAAGGCUGAGGAAGCCCAGGUGGCUGAGGUGGUUGUUGGUGUUGAAGAAGAGACCAAGAAGGUUACCAAUGAGAGUGAGCAAGUUGUUGAAGUAGGUGAGAAAGUGAAGGAAUUGGAUGAUGAAUCCAAGCCCAAAAUAAUUGAGAAGAGCUCGUCUUAUAAGGAAGAGAGCAACUUCCUCUCUGAUCUAAAAGAGUUUGAGAGGAAGGCUUUGAAUGAUCUGAAAGCUAAACUCGAAGAAGCCAUUCUCGGAAACAACAUAUACAAGAAAGAGGAGCCAAAAAAGACUGAGGAAGAAGCAAAAGAAGGUGAAGAGAAGGAAAAGGAAGAAGAAAUUGUUGCUCAAGAAUGCUCGGAAGAAAAAGUGGACACAGAUAUCUCAAUUUGGGGAGUGCCCCUUUUGCCAAGUAAAGGCACAGAAGGUACCGAUGUAGUCCUCUUGAAAUUCUUGAGGGCUAGGGAGUUUAAAGUCAAUGAUGCCUUUGUGAUGCUCAAGAAAACCCUUCAAUGGAGGAAGGAGGCCAACAUCGAUUCGAUCUUGGACGAGGAAAUUAGCCCGGAUCUAAGCUCGGCUGCUUACAUGAAUGGAGUUGAUAGUAAAGGCCAUCCAGUUUGCUAUAACAUUUUCGGUGUGUUUGAGAGCGAGGAGCUUUAUCAAAAGGCAUUUGGGAACGAGGAGAAGCGCAAGCAGUUCCUGAGAUGGAGGUGCCAGUUGAUGGAGAAGGGUAUUCAAAAGCUUGAUUUGAGUCCUGGCGGUGCCUCUUCCUUGAUCCAAGUCAAUGACCUCAAGAACUCACCCGGACCCGUCAAGAAGGAGCUUCGGAUGGCCACAAAUCAAGCUAUUCAGCUUCUGCAAGACAAUUAUCCCGAACUUGUUGCAAAAAAUAUAUUCAUAAAUGUUCCUUUCUGGUACUAUGCUCUCAAUGCUCUUAUAUCUCCUUUCUUAACCCAAAGAAGCAAGAGCAAAUUCGUUGUUGCUCGCCCAGCCAAGGUCACUGAAACCCUUCUCAAGUACAUUCCGGUAGAGGAGAUCCCUGUUCACUACGGUGGCUUCAAGAGAGAGAACGAUUUUGAGUUCUACGGCAAAGAGGGUGGUUCGGUUUCAGAACUUAUCAUCAAGGCUGGAUCGACCAAUACCAUUGAGAUACCAGCAUUGGAGGUUGGAAGCACAUUGGUCUGGGACUUGGCUGUUUUGGGUUGGGAAGUGAAGUACAAGGAGGAAUUUGUUCCAACCGAUGAGGGAUCUUAUACCAUUAUUGUUCAGAAAGGAAAGAAGAUGGGUUCCCAGGAAGGACCUAUUCGCAACACUUUCAGAACCAAUGAACCUGGAAAACUUGUCCUUACAAUAGAGAACUUGUCGAGCAGGAAGAAGAGAGUUCUGUAUCGGCACACUGCCAAUAAGAGCUGCUAGAUUGUCUUGGAAUGAUUGUGUAGAUGAGAGUGAGUGAAGACAGAUUAAAAAAAGAUGUGGGAGAUAACAUUCAUUGAAUCAUUGUUAAAUUUGUUUAUUUUUUUACAUUCUUUUGAACUGGGUUUGAAAUUUGGAUGAGAGAUAUAGUGAGAGAGUUGAUUCUUUGUGCGGAAUUAAUUUUUACCCUGUAAUUUUAUUUUUUCUAUUUUGCUGUGGUGAGAGUCAAAGAUAUUGUUUUUAUAAGAAAUUUUUAGAUACUGAUAUAGUUUUCUGAAGUUA